AUGCCGCUGCCGACUUCUGCCACCAUUGACAAACUCCGCUACCACUGCAUCCAACUAAUGCCAUUGAUUGGCACUGCCAACCCACCAUCGCGUCGACGUUCCCCACCCUUAUCUCUCCAGCCGACAACAACCGCCAUCAGCCCCAUCCCUUCACUCGUUAGAUUAACAGGUGCAAUGGGAAAGAAGAAAACCAUUCAUGCAUCUCAUGGUUCUUCCUGUGAGGUUUCAUCAAUGCGAUCCACAAAAAAAGUGUCAACUGAGAAUAGCGAUCGUGAGGUUCUUCCAAACUUCAAUCCCAGUCGAAAAAAAGAUCCUUACAUUAUCCAUCCUUGUUGGAGAAUUGCCCACCAGAUUCUUUCCACUUCCAUCUUUGGUUGUCACGAGCCGGGAAAAAUAAACACAGCCGAGCUCUAUUUCCUAUAUCGUCGUUGGUCUUGCCCCGGUUUUGCCACCUUUUUCUUGGAUAAAUGUGACAGCAUCCACAUCAAGACCACUGACGACAUUUGCAUUGGAGGUCUCAUUACCCUAAUUGGUUUGGGUGCGGGCCUUCAAUUUCCUGAGUUUGAGUACGUGCAAGUGGAUGACCCACCUCUCUACCUCCUUGACUACAUAGCUCUCACCCGGAUGGAAUUAUUGAUACCUCGUUCUGCCCGUCCUAACCAUUUUCUUGGCUCAAUCAUGUCAAGGAACUAG